UCCAUUGUUCUGUCUUGUCUUCUGACAUGGCUCAAUAAAGGAAGUUAUCUGAAACCACAAUACUGCUUCCUCUAUAGGAACAGUUCUAAAGAGAACAAAUGGAAAUCUUCUUCCUGUUACAGCGUGUGACACACUGACCAACUGCUCAACUGUUCGUUUUCUUUGUUAGUAAGUCUAUUCCUCUCCACUCUGGCAUAAUGGAUAGGUUGUAUCUGCUGCUACUGGUGUGCUUACAUUCAUUCUGGCCUCACUGCCAACCACUGGACCAAGCAUCACUGCGGUUCAUUGGGCUGGGGGACUGGGGAGGACUCCCGCUCUUCCCUUACUACACCCCUCAUGAGGAGGCCAUCGCUGAGGAGAUGUCCUGGGCGGCCCAGACCCUGGGACUGGACUUUGUCCUCAGUCUGGGAGACCACUUCUACUAUGGCGGAGUGAAGGACGUGGAUGACCCACGCUUCAAGCACACCUUCGAGCGUGUCUUCUCUCAACCAUCACUCGUUGACGUCCCGUGGUACCUUGUGGCGGGAAACCACGACCAUCUAAAAAAUGUGUCUGCUCAGAUUGCUUACUCCAACAGAUCGGGGAGAUGGAGGUUCCCUGAGUUGUACUAUGAGCUCCAGUUCAAGGUUCCCCAGAGUAACGUGUCUGUGACCGUCCUGAUGGUUGACACCGUAGUGCUUUGUGGGAACACCUAUGAGGGGACCCAGCCCAAAGGAGAAGAGGACCCGGAGGCUGCUGCCAAGCAGUUCGACUGGAUCAACUCCAGACUGGCAAACAGCAAGUCAGAGUUCAUUGUGGUAGCUGGUCACUAUCCUGUGUGGUCCAUUGGUGAUCACGGCCCCACUAAGUGUCUUGUGGAUAGACUACGGCCACUGCUGAAGAAGUAUGAUGUCACAGUCUACCUGAGUGGUCAUGACCACAGUAUACAGUUUAUCAGAGAGGAUGAUGGGAGUUCUUAUGUGGUCAGCGGGAGUGGGGCCUUUACAGAAAUGUCCAUUCAUAACAUCAACAGCUUCCCGACUUCAUGGCAACGGUUCUCCAACGCUGUCAACCAUACAUCCGGUGGGUUCGCUUACUUUGAAGUCACAGAGAACAAUAUGACCGUCAGCUACAUCCAGACUGAUGGGAAAUGUGUUUACCAAACAGGACUGGCAAAACGCAAAGUCUGACACAGGCAAUGGCAUCACGAGAUAGUCAACAAUCAACUACUGCAGGCCUAAUAUGCUGACUGUUUCUAAGAGCAAACUGUAUCUUUAAGCAGUUUACAAAACUGAAAACAUCUCCUUGUUCUAGUUCAAUUAAUCUUUUAACUCUGUUUUCUUUUGGUUAAUAAUUGUCUUGGACUGUAACAAAAAAAAAUGAAUAUGAUUUUCUCUGAAUUGCAAUUCUAAUGUAAUUUUAAUGUUUUGAAUGUGUUCUAUUUUUAUUGAAAAUCCCCGCCCCCAAAAAUUGUGUGAAAUAAUUGUGAGUUGAAUGACCUGUAGAUGGUGGUGGUUAGAUCUUUUUGCAGGAACUAUACAAGACUGAUGUCUGCUGUGAUAAAGAUUACGUAACUUGAGCAUUCUCACCAGACGUAGUCACAUUAACAUAACAUACCCCACUAUUCAACAAUGUCUCAUAUCAAAGAUAAACACAUUACCACAAAUGAAUGGUAAGACUUUAUUAUGAAAAUGUCAAUAAAAUCAAACAAGAGUACCAUAUUAGUACCAGACUCCA